CAUGACCGAGACUCCGGGAAGAAUGGUCAAGUUGUCUGUUAUGCACCUCAUAAUCUACCUUUUCAAUUAGAAAAAUCAAUAGAUAAUUAUUAUAGAUUGGUGACAUGGAACUAUCUGGACCGAGAAAAGAUCCCUAUGUACAACAUCACAGUGACGGCCUCAGAUCUAGGAACCCCUUCUCUAUCUACUGAAAUUCAUAUCACCCUGUAUGUGGCAGAUACCAAUGACAAUCCACCCACUUUCCCUCAUGCCUCCUACUCAGCGUAUAUCCCAGAGAACAACCCCAGAGGUGCCUCCAUCUUCACCGUGAUGGCCCACGACCCUGACAGUGGCAACAAUGCCCAGGUCACUUACUCUGUGACUGAGGACAUCAUCAUGGGGUCACCUGUCUCCUCCUAUGUCUCCAUCAACUCAGACACAGGCAUCCUAUAUGCACUGUGCUCCUUCGACUAUGAGCACUUACGAGACUUGCAGCUACUGGUGACUGCCAGAGACAGCGGAGACCCUCCACUCAGCAGCAACGUGUCUCUGAGCAUAUUUGUGUUGGACCAGAAUGACAACGUGCCAGAGAUCCUGUACCCCACCCUCCCUAUGGACGGUUCCACAGGUGUGGAGCUGGCGCCCCGAUCGGCAGAGCGUGGCUACCUGGUGACCAAGGUGGUGGCGGUGGAUAGAGACUCUGGCCAGAAUGCCUGGCUGUCCUACCGCCUGCUCAAGGCCAGUGAGCCAGGACUUUUCACGGUGGGGCUGCACACGGGCGAGGUGCGCACAGCACGGGCCCUGCAGGACAGAGAUGCGCUCAAGCAGAGCCUGGUGGUGGCGGUGCAGGACCAUGGCCAGCCCCCUCUCUCGGCCACCGUCACGCUCACCGUGGUGGUGGCCGACAGCAUUCCAGCUGUCCUGGCCGACCUGGGUAGCGUCAGGACCUCUGCUAACUCAGACGAUUCUGACCUCACGCUGUACCUGGUGGUGGCAGUGGCCGCAGUCUCCUGUGUCUUCCUUGCCUUUGUGAUUGUGCUGCUGGCUCUCAGGCUGAGGCGCUGGCACUCGACGCGCCUGCUUCAGGCUUCAGGAGGCGGGCUGGUGGGCGUGCCCGCCUCGCACUUUGUGGGCGUGGACGGGGUGCAGGCUUUCCUGGAGAAGUAUUCCCACGAGGUCUCCCUCACCGCCGACUCGCAGGCGAAUCACGAGAUUUUCCCGCAUCCCAACUACGUGGACACACUUAUCAGUCUGGAGAGUUGUGAGAAAAAUGAUCCCUUAUUAACAUCCAUAGAUUUUCAUGAAUGUAAGGAUGAAGCUGCUUCUAUUCAGGUGAGUUCAGUUCUGUGUACGUUUUAAUUCUCAGGGAAAUUAUAUUUUUUAUAAAUUUAUGUUUUCGGACAUACAUUGCGGAGACAGUUCAAAAUAUUUUGAAAAAGUGUACCACAAAGUUUUUGGUUUGUUUUAGUGGUGAUACUAUAAAAUUGAGCUCUAAUCACGAUAGUUGGUUUCAUUUGCUCUCCAAAGGCUCGGACAAGAUUGUUUAAACAUUGAUUCUCAACCUUUUAACAUCUUCCAUAUAUGGGGCACCUGGCCGGCUCAAUUGGCAAAGCACGUGACUCUUGAUCUCAGGGUAGUGAGUUGGAGCCCCACUUUACAUGUAGAGAUUACUUCAAAAAUUUUUAAAAAUAAAAUCCUUUAUAUGUUACUAUAAUUACCACUUAUCACUCAUUCACUUAAGAAGUAGUUACCCAACCACAUAUGGUAAGUUUGUUGUAUAAAUAGGGGAUAUAUAACUGAGACUUUUAAAUCCUUGUAUUAGCUUGGUAAAAGUAAAAUACAUUUCAGAAUUUUAGAAAUCUGUUUAGGAUUUGGAUCUUGAAGGUCUUGAAGUUUUCUAGGUCUUUGAGGAUUUCUUCAUUUUAAACCUCUUUUAUAAGCCUUGUGCUUGCAUCAGUACCCUUCAAAAUUUUAAUACUUAUUAUAUUUUAAAACAUAAAUACAUUUGAAAGGAUGGAUUUUGGUGGUAGGUGAGACUGGUUCCUUUAUGUGUCAUUGGUCUCCAAGAGCUCAUACUAAAGAAGACGUAGAAUCUAAAGCCUGAAAUGUCCAUCAACCCCCCCCCAUAAAAACAACAAAAUCAUACUUUAAAUAAAAUGUCAUUUUGUAGCAUAAAGAAGAACAUGUUUUCACUGAGUUCCAAUGAGCUGUUUUGAUUGGACAGCCAUGUGAAAUGUUCUCAUGGUGAGAGAGUUUGAGAAUGUAGUUUAAAAAAAAAGUAGUUUCAUGUAAACAGAUUCUAAACAAGCUCAUCAAUUCAACUAAAAAUGAUUCCAUCUAGAUUUUAUGUCUUCUGUAUUCCUUGUUAUAGCAUUUUAACAGUGCUUACCAUUUAUUUGUCAUCACAUGAGAGUGGAAAACACAAUAAAUCAUUUGUUAGUUAUAAAAAGGGCAUGUCUGAAGGAUUGUGUAGGGUUCCCUCCUAUUUUGCACAUCCUGUGCGUGGGAGUUAAUUUCGUAUUUUCUGUAGUGUUUGGGUGCACAGUCAUUUGAAGGAACAACUGUAUUAUUGACAUUUUGCAAUUUUUAAGUGUUUUGAAACUUGCCCUGAUAGAAAAUAAAAUCCUUACUCUUGUUCAAAAGAUUCACUGAUUGUUCAAAAAUUUCAACAAAUGGAAUAAAAUAAUUAGAACAAAUGACAUUUAUCCAGGAAAUUUAUGCAAAUAAACUUACCAGAAGCUCAAUUCCAAAGUCAUUGCUUCAGUAUUACAUAGAUACAUAGAUCAGAAAGUCAGGUGGUCUGCUGAAGUAUCCCUUUGUGACUUUAUAUUGAAGAAUAAACAUUUCCCUAGUGACUUUUAAGAAUGAAUUCAU